UAAUCAAAUACGCAUUGUCACUCUCACCCUUACGUUGUUAUACCAUUACUACAACGCAUAUGUAGAUCGAAACCCAUGCAUGACGUCCAGCAAUAUUGGAGAUAAAUGGAUCGGAGAGUUAUUAAAUGGGCACCCGAUAAGUUUUGCAAAUAUGUUUCGUAUGACAAAAAUUAUUUUUCUUGAUCUCCUAAGUGAACUUCGGUCCCUCCACGGACUUCGAGGAUCAUCAAGAACAACAUCUAGAGAGGUGUUGGCAAUAACACUUUAUAUUUUAGCCCAGAAUGAAUCUGUGAGAGGAGCUAUGGAACGGUUUCAACAUUCUUCCGAAACCAUUAGCAGGUAUUUCUCAGCUGGGUUGAAUGCACUGGUGAGUCUAGCCCGUCAAAUAGUCAAGCCAGAGGAUCCAACAUUCCAGUCCAUCCCCACACAUAUUGCGAAUGACCCUCGUUAUAUGCCGUUCUUUAAGGAUUGCAUCGGAGCCAUUGACGGAACACAUGUCGACGCACGUCUUUCUGUCAAAGAGAAAGUUGCGUACAUUGGUCGAUGCGGAUCACCAACACAAAAUAUAAUGGCUGUUUGUGAUUUCAAUAUGUGUUUCACAUAUGUGAUGGCUGGAUGGGAAGGUAGCGCACACGAUAGUCGCGUUUUCAAGUUUGCAACUAGCAACAUUAAAUACGGAUUCCCUUAUCCCCCACCAGGAGUUCGAGAGUACCACAACAGGAGACCACCGCAUAUGGUUCGAGUUCUUCCGUGUAUACCGCACCCCAUUCAGACACGCUUGCUCGGGGAUCUGAGGUAUCAGAAACGGGCAACAUUCGUCAUGAUGUGA